AUGGCAUUUGCAAUGAUGCUUUGCUUCUACUUGUUCUUUCUUUCUCCCUCCCUUUCUUCUUCUCUCAACCUGCCUUUUUGUAUUUCUCAUGACUCCUCUGCACUUCUCCAAUUCAAACACUCUUUCUCUCUUAAUCAUUCUGCUUCAAUCGAAUGUGAUGAGGAUUUUGAUGACUACUACCCAUAUACCACUCGGUUUGAGAAUUCAUCUUACCCCAAGAUGGCUUCAUGGGGGAAUUAUUCAAAUUGCUGCUUGUGGGAUGGGGUCACAUGUGACUCCAUGUCAGGCCAUGUGAUUGGCCUUGAUCUUAGUUGUAGCUGGCUUCAAGGUCAACUCCUUCCAAAUAAUAGCCUCUUCCGACUAUCUCAUCUCCAAUCACUCAACUUGGCUUUCAAUAAUUUUAGUGGGUCUUUGAUAUCAUCUCAGUUUGGUAAUUUUCCUUCUCUCACAUAUCUAAACUUAAGCCACUCUUUUUUCAUUGGUGAAAUUCCAUCAAAAUUUGCAUAUUCGUCAAAAUUGGUCUCUCUUGAUUUGUCUUGGAAUGGAUUUUACUCAUUUGAGAAGUGGAGUCCUUUGAGACUAGAAACAUCCACAUGGGAGAAGCUCAUUUUAAACAUGACUUAUUUGCGAGAACUUGCUUUAAAUUAUGUAAAUAUGUCUUCUAUUUCACCAAGCUCCUUAUCUUUACUCAUGAAUUUGUCAUCCUCUUUGGUCUCCCUUAGACUUCAACAUACUGAGUUGCAAGGGAAAAUCACAAAUGAUGUUUUUUGUCUGAAAAAUCUUCAGCAACUAGAUUUGUCAUGGAAUAGAAAUCUCAACAAUCAUCUUCCAAUAUCCAAUUGGAGCUCUUCUCUUUCAUUUUUGGAUCUUAGUUACGCAGCAUUCUCAGGAGUGUUUGAUUCCAUUGGAAAGUUAAAAUAUCUUAGUCAUUUAGAUCUUAGUAGUUGUAAAUUUGAAGGGCGGGUUCCUUUGGGUUUCAAGAAUCUUACCCAACUAACUUAUUUGGACAUUUCUGACAACAUGUUUAGUGGCAAGAUCUCAUUCUUUUCAUACCUAGAACAUCUCACUUUCUUAAACCUUGAAGGCAAUAAUUUUGUUGAGGAAAUCCCAUCUAAGAUCUCACAGUUGUCUAAAUUAGCCUCACUUGACUUGUCUUCAAAUUUUGAUGUCAAGGUACAAAUCUCAAAGCUCAACCGGAGCUCUCCUCUAACAAGUUUGAUUCUCACUGGGAUCCCUUUCUCAGGAAAGAUACCAAAUUCUAUAAGCCAUUUGAAGUCUCUUGAAGAGUUAGAUCUCAAAAAUUGCCAAUUUGAAGGGCCUAUUCCUCCAAGUUUCAAGAAUCUCAUUCAACUCACUUCUUUGGACCUUUCGUUGAACAAAUUUAGUGGUGGGAUCUCAUUUCUUUCAACACUCGUAAAUCUCACUUACAUAAAUCUUUCCAAUAAUAACUUUAGUGGUCAAAUUCCAUCACUUUCCAACCUUGAACGUCUCAAUGACUUAGUUCUUUCAAACAAUAAUUUUAGUGGUGGGGUUUCAUUUCUUUCAACACUUGUAAAUCCGAUUUCCUUAUAUCUUUCCAAUAAUAGUUUUAGUGGUCAACUGCCACUCUCACUUGGAAACCUUGAACGUCUCCAAGAUUUAGAUCUUUCAAUAAAUAAUUUUAGUGGUGGAAUACCAAAAGUGUUUGGAAAGCUCAAUAAAUUACACUCUUUGGAACUUAAUAAUAAUAAUUUCAAUGGUCAAGUGCCUUCAUCCCUUUCAAAUACAAGUGUCACAAUUCUUGAUCUUAGCUUCAACAAGUUGGAAGGAAACCUCCCAAUUCCAUUCUUCAGAGCUAGAUUUUUUUCAGUCUCAAACAAUAAAUUUAAGGGAGAUAUUUCCUUUCAUUUUUGCAAUGCAAGCUCAAUUGAGAUACUCAACUUGUCUCACAACAACUUGUCAGGUCCCAUUCCACAAUGCCUUGUUGCCCUCCCAAAUCUCGUUGUUCUAGAUCUACAGAUGAAUAAUUUUUUUGGAACUUUACCAAACAAUUUUUUAAAGAGAAAUGUCCUACAAACUCUACAUUUCAAUAGCAACCGAUUCAAGGGAUCAUUGCCUCUAUCUUUGGCUCAUUGCAAUCAGCUCGAAAUUUUUGAUGUUGGACAGAAUGAGAUUGAGGAUGCAUUUCCUAAGUUGCUUGAAAGUUUUCCAGAGUUACAAGUGCUUGUUUUAAGAGAAAAUAGAUUUUAUGGGACCAUUCAAUUCCCUAAGUUAAGGAUUUUUGACAUUUCCAACAACCACUUUAAUGGAUCUUUGCCAACAACAUACAUCAAGGAGUUUAAAGGAAUGAUGAAAAUAGAUGAUGUUGAAGAUGGUUCACAAUAUAUGGGAAGUAAAAAUUAUUCAUAUGAGGAUUCAGUGGUGAUCACAUGGAAAGGUUUUACCAUAGAGCUGGAAAGGAUCUUGAAAAUAUUCGGCACUAUGGACUUGUCAAAUAAUAGGUUGGAUGGGGAGAUUCCAGAAGCUAUUGGAGAGCUACAUGCACUAAUAGGACUAAAUCUCUCCCACAAUAGAAUCACUGGUUCUAUUCCAAAAUCAAUGGGGAAUUUGACAAGCCUAGAAUGGUUAGAUCUAUCAAGUAACAAGCUUGUGGGUGACAUUCCUCAAGAAUUGACAAAUCUCAACUUUCUUUCUAUUUUGAACCUUUCACAAAAUCAGCUUGAGGGAACCAUACCAAGAGGUAAACAAUUUGAUACAUUCCAAAGUGAUUCAUAUGAGGGAAAUGUAGGAUUGUGUGGUGUUCCAUUGUCAAAAACUUGCAAUACGGAUGGACCUUCAUCAACUUUUGAAUCUAAUGAGAAAUUUGGAUUUGAUUGGAAACCAGUAGCCUUGGGAUAUGGAUGUGGAAUGGUAUUCGGAAUCCUCAUGGGACAUGUUGUGUUCUCAAUUGGGAAACCUCAUUGGCUUGUUAAAAUUUUUGGAAGUCAACCUGUGAAAGCAAAAAGGACAAGAAGGAGGGCUCAUGCAAAUUGA